UCAGGCCACCAUGAGGCUGGAACUGUACCUGCUGCUGCUGCAGCUGCUGUUCUGCUGCGGAUCUGCUGCUGCCGCUGCUGAGGCUGGAGCUGAAUGGGAGACAGACCCAUCUUUCUGGAACGACCAGGCCAGGAGGACACUGGAGGAUGCUCUGAAGCUGCGGCCACGUGUCCACCGGGCCAAAAACAUCAUCCUGUUUGUUGGCGACGGUAUGGGAGUGUCCACUGUGUCUGCAGCGAGGAUACUGCGGGGGCAGAUGGAGGGCCACUCAGGGGAGGAGACAGUCCUGGCCAUGGACUCUUUCCCUUACCUCGCUCUCUCAAAGACCUACAGUGUGGAUAAGCAGGUAGCAGACAGUGCCAGCACAGCCACAGCAUAUCACUGUGGGGUCAAAGCCAACUCCAAAACUGUGGGUGUGAGCGCGAAAGCUGUGGCCUACGAGUGUAACAGCACCUUCGGAAACGAGGUCUACUCCGUCCUGCACCGAGCCAAGGCUCAAGGGAAGUCUGUGGGUAUAGUGACCACCACUCGUGUCCAGCACGCCUCUCCGGCCGCAGCGUAUGCACACUCAGUGAGCCGUAGCUGGUACAGUGAUUCAGACCUGCCCUCUGCUGCCCGCAGGCAGGGCUGCACCGACAUCUCCACACAGCUGGUCACCAACACGGACAUCGACGUUAUUCUUGGUGGUGGUCGGAUGUAUAUGACGCCAAAAGGCACUCCAGAUCCAGAGUACCCAUCAUCCUCCUCACGUAAAGGAGACCGAAAGGACAAGAAGAACCUUAUUGAGGUCUGGCUGAAUGCUCGGAAGGACAGAAAGGCUCAGUAUGUUUGGAACAAGGAGCAGUUCAAUGCAGUAGAUGUGAAAACCACAGACUGUCUGAUGGGUCUGUUUGAACCCAAGGACAUGAGGUUUGAGGUGUUCAGAAACCGCACCCGUGACCCCUCCAUCGUGGACAUGACCGAGACGGCCAUUCAGAUCCUCAGCAAGAACCCAAAAGGCUUUUUCCUCUUUGUGGAAGAUGAGGGGAGAAUCGAUCACGGACAUCAUGACGGCAUUGCUAAACUGGCUCUAACUGAGACGGUGAUGUUUGACCGUGCGGUCCAGAGAGCGGCGGAACUGACCAAAGAGUCCGAGACCCUCACUGUGGUCACAGCUGAUCAUUCCCAUGUCUUUACGUUUGGUGGGAACACACCCCGGGGUAACUCCAUUUUCGGUUUAGCCCCCAAAAAGGCUGACGAUAGACUUCCCUUCACCAGCAUCCUGUACGCUAAUGGUCCUGGAUACGUACAUGUGAAUGGGACAAGGGCAAAUGUUUCAGCAGUAGAUUACUUUGAUGAGGAGUACAUGCAGCAGGCUGCCGUUCCGCUAGACGCCGAGACUCACGGAGGAGAGGACGUCGCUAUUUACGCUAAAGGUCCCAUGGCCCACCUGUUCCACGGAGUGAAGGAGCAGCACUACAUAGCGCACGCUUUGGCCUACGCAGCCUGCCUGGACCCCUACACACACUGUCCCCCACGCCCCCUACAUUCCGGGACACACACACACAGCCUCUCUGCUCUGCUCAUAUCAUUAACCGCUCUGAUCUGGCUCAUCCUCAGAUGACAGAGCCAAGCUUUGAGUGACUGGAUCUCAGGUCUGUUUUCAUAGAAGGGUGGAUUUCUUCUUAUUUUUUUUUUACAUGAAUAAUGUUUUUUAUUUUUAUGUCAGUGUCAUGUGACCAAAAGUAUGUGGGAAAACACAUUCAUUAGUGUGUUUGGCUGUUUUUGCAACAUUCACAUUCUCGGCAGAGCGGGGUUGCCCAAAGAUUAUGUCUAAAGGGGCCAAAGCACAAUAUCUGUGGUCAAAAAGUCACUUUUUUAAAGUGUACUUUAUAAUAUAAUGCCGUAUUUUUCUUACUAUAAGGAGCACUUUAAUUUUCCCAAAAAUUGACAGUGCACCUUGUGUAUGAAUUUUACCAGUAGCAGGAUCAUUAGCAUUUCAGCAUUAGCUACUAACAGCAGCUCUAGCUCUUUCUCCAUUUAGAUGUAAGUAUUAUCCCCAUCUAGCACUACUGGAACAACAUUAGCAUUAGCCACUAACUAAGGCAUUUACAGUGUUAAAACAAGCUUAGCGUAACGAAUUGCUAGCUAAUUUCCCCCCUUGAACACUCAAGGUUCCUCAGUGUAGUGCUGUUGGGUGGCAUUUAUGCCUCGCUAGCGCUGCAGUUAGCUGCUAAUGCUAAUGCUGCUGCACCCAGGCUUAGUGCAGAUCUGGAAAUCUAAGGUUACUGUAAAUAAAUGGAAGCUCUGUACUCAGCCUUAUAGUGUGAAAAAUAUGGAAUUAAAUACUACUUAAAUACAGAUUUAAAGUGUAUAAAGUAUAAAAUAUUAUAUAAAUAACAAUUUUACAUGUACAUGCUGUUUAUGUAGCCUGUAUGCUUUCUUCUGACCUUCCACAGACAAGCACUGGCUGUAGAUAUGGGUCAUAGGAUUCCACCUUUCCAACUACCAAUUACAAUUCAUCACAUUUCUGCCUUAAUCAGCUGCAAGUGCUGUUAUUCUGAAAUAGAAACAUCAAUCCUUCUGUGAUUAAUGAUGUUUUACCAUCUGACAAUCUGCUGGACACAUCUGUUGACACUUCAAAAUGCUACCUGACCAAAUGAACCC